UUGCCAAUACUAUUAAUCAUGGAAAAGAAUGAUAAUAUUUUAGAAGAUAUACAAGAAGCAUUUCUAGCUUUAACUGAGAGCUUCCUGGAACAAGGUGUAUCACUAGUAGACCUUAAAUCUGCCAGUGUAAGAAAUAAUGCGAAAAAUAAAAGAAGUCAUAUUUUACAUCAUGUUUGUUCUAAAAAGGUUCUACUUGCCUUAUUAACACCAAUAUUUUGCAGUAUACUUUUUAAAUAUUUAUGUAUUGAUAUAAUCAGAAGCAUUCGUGGAACUAGAUGCUUAAUACCAAAUAAUUAUUUCAUAUGGGAAUUUACAAGACCAAUAUCAAAUUGUGAUUAUUGUCAAAAUGUUACUUCAGCAUUAACUUUGCCAAACUUAACAAGGGAAGAAUUUGAGCAAUAUGCUUAUUCUUCUAGACCUAUGGUGAUAAAACAUGCUGCAAGUCAUUGGCCAGCUGCAAAGGUAUUUAGCUGGAAAUUCUUCAAAGAUUUGUAUGAGAAUAUUGAUGGCGCUUAUGAUUCAGUAGAUGAAUGUCAAUUUUUGCAUUUCAAAAGUAAUCUCACCAAUUUGCGUGAUGUUUUUGCAAUGAGUGAAGAAAGAGCUAUACAACAUAAUGGUCAAGAUCCUUGGUAUGUUGGUUGGAAAAAUUGUCACCUGCAGAUUUUGGAUAUUAUGAAACAGUACUAUAAUCUACCUCAUUUUUUACCAGAAGAUGCAGAGAUUCCUUAUUCCAAUUACAUCUUUUUAGGAUAUGAAGAAGGUGCUAUAAUGCAUCUAGAUUAUAUUUCACGUCUAAUGUGGCAAGGGCAAAUUAUAGGUAAUAAAACAUGGAGUGUUGCACCUACUCCAGAAUGUGAUAAUGUUUGUGUGCCUUUUAAUUUUACUGUUUAUGCUGGAGAUAUUGUUCUACUAGAUACAAGAAUUUGGUAUCAUAGCACUUAUGUCAAAGGAGGAAACUUUAGCUUAACAGUCACCUCAGAAUAUGGAUAGACUUUUAUACAUUGUAAAAUUAAUUAGAAGAUUUAGAAGCUCUUGCCUUAUUACUGUAUUAUAUUAAUGCCUCAUUGAAUUUUUAUAAAGUUUUUAUGCCCAC